UUUAACGCGGAGUGACUCUAUACCGUCCUCCUCGUUCUCUUCUCCUUUCUGCCGUUGAGGACCCUCUUCUAAAAAUCAUCAGCUUUGUUAUGGCCGCCACCGCCGAUUUCUCCCUCUGAUAUUUCUGUUUUCCUCCUUCGUCGUUUUGGAUUCGUAGCCACUCGGAGGAGGGAAGCAUUAUAGUAUGGAGAAGAGUGAAGAGUCUAACAGCCCUGGUUGGGGGAGUUUGUUUUUCACGCAAACUACAGAAGAUGUCGCAAGAGCAGUCGCAGCUGCUACUGCCCCACGGCCAUCGGUUGUGUAUUCGUUGAAAGAAGAAGAUGGUGGGAGUCCACUUCAAAGACUACAGCGCCAAGUUAAUAAAGUGUUAAAAGGCUUCUCCAGUCCUCCUGAAGUGAAAACGGGAAGAACUUACAAUCCGGAAGUUUUGACUAGCCAGAAGCGUCAAUGGGCGAAUUUUCAGUUGCAGCACUUGGAUCAUAGGUCUUUAAAGGAGCCAACAAGGCUUUUCGAGAGCCUGGUUGUUGUAGGCCUUCACCCUAACAGUGAUAUCCAAGCACUCCAAAGGCAAUAUUUUGCUAGAAAGUCUGAUAGUCCAGGAAAACUGAGAAGUGCACUUGGUAACCAGAAUCAGUCUCGGGUAGAACCCAAUAUUGAACCUCAGGUGUUAUUGGUUUACCCUCCGGAAAAACAGUUGCCUCUCCAAUACAAGGAUCUCAUUUCAUUUUGCUUCCCAGGAGGCUUAGAGGUUCAUGCUGUAGAGAAAACUCCUUCCAUGAGUGAAUUGAAUGAAAUUCUUCUGGGGCAGGAGCAUUUUAAACAAAGCGACCUAUCCUUUGUAUUCAGGUUACAGGUUGCUGAUGAUUCAACUCUGUAUGGAUGCUGUGUGUUGGUGGAAGAAUUGGUGCAAAAACCCUCUGGUUUGCUUUCCAUGAUUUCAGAAAAACAUCCCUAUCGCCCAUCUCUGAGCCGUCAUAUAUUAACUACUAGAAGAUGUUAUUGCAUCCUCUCGAGGCUUCCUGCCUUUGAGUUACAUUUUGGUGUAUUGAAUAGUAUCUUCACAGAAGAAAGGUUGGAACGAUUAAUAAAAGGUAUUGGUCUGUUAGAUUUGGACUCCCCAAAGGACUUUAGAAAUGAUGAAAAUAUAGACGAGAUCACAGAAGACAUUCAAGACAGUGGAGCACUAAAUAGUAGAACAGGGGACAUAGUAAAUGGCGCGGCAGAAUCUUGUCAGACAAGCCAAAAAGAUUCAUCACCUGUGGGAGUUGGAGAUGAUGGAAUCCAUCAAGAGCGUCAAAUGGUUAAUGUCGACUGUGUCUUGAUGAAGAACAGCAUCAUUGGAAAUGUAGUUGUUCCAAUUGAUCCUGAAACCGAGAUGGCUAGUUCCAAGAUAGAAUCUCGUGUGCCAAAUGCAGAACAUUGUGAGAUCUAUGCUGAUGAUUUCUCUACAAACAAGCCUGCUUUUGAAAGGCGAUUACCAAAUGCUGUUCUACCUCUCUUACGUUACUACCAGUAUGAAAGUUCUGAUUCUUCCUCCAGUCUUUUAUGCAGUUUUCAGGGUUCUCCUAGUGAAGACAGGAAUUUUAGGAGUGAUGUCGAUGAUAUAGAGACAGAAGAGACAUCUUUCUCUGGCCAAGAUGACUCUGAUCUCCUUGACAUUCUUGAAUGGGCAAAGGCAAACGAUCAUGGAUCACUACAAAUAAUAAGUGAGUACUACCAGUUACGUUGCCCUGCCAGAGGUUCCACAAUUAGAUUUCAUCCUUUGGAGCACCUGCAUCCCUUGGAAUAUCAUAGACCAGAUGAAACAGUUUUACAUAUUGGUGGCUCAACCAUUGAUUUGAGGUCCUGUAGUACAAGUCUAGAAUUUGCUGAGGCACACAGUGCACUCCUGGCAGAGGAGGAAGCAACUGCAUUAUCAGUGUGGGCAAUUGCAUGCAUAUGUGGCUCCCUUCGUCUUGAAAAUGUAUUAGCAAUGUUUGCUGGGGCGUUGUUGGAGAAGCAAAUUGUCAUUAUUUGUUCCAAUUUGGGUGUCUUAUCUGCUUCGGUGUUGUCCAUUAUCCCUCUGAUUCGUCCAUACCAGUGGCAAAGCCUACUAAUGCCAGUUUUACCGAGUGACAUGAUGGACUUUUUGGAUGCACCUGUUCCUUACAUAGUGGGGGUGAAGAACAAAACACCUGAAGUACAGUCAAAACUGUCUAAUGUAAUUCUGGUUGAUGCCAACAAGAACCAGGUGAAGUCACCAACGAUACCUCAUUUGCCGAAACAUCGGGAAUUAUUUUCAGAAUUAAGUCCUUAUCAUGCAAAGCUUGUCGGAGAGAGUUUUUUGGCCAGGAAAAGACCAGUGUAUGAGUGCACUGAUGAACAGGUUGAAGCUGCCAAAAAUUUCCUAAGAGUUUUAAGAUCUUACUUGGAUUCUCUUUGCUCUAAUCUCCGUUCACAUACAAUUACAAAUGUACAAUCUAAUGAUGAUAAGGUAUCACUACUUCUGAAAGAGAGUUUCAUCGACUCAUUUCCUAAUCACGAUCGGCCAUUUAUGAAGCUUUUUGUGGACACCCAACUCUUUUCUGUACAUACGGACCUUGUUCUGUCUUUCUUCCAGAAGGAAUAGUGCACUGCCCUGCAAUGAAAGCUCGAGAUAUAUUUUCACCCUGUAACCUGAACGUAAGUUCAGUAAUGUAUAAUUGCGUGAGUAUUGAGCUGAAUCUUGUUUCUUCAGACGGUGAUUCUCUUCUGCAAAUGAAGGUUGCUUUUUUCUAGCCUUCCGUAUCAUGAUUGUAUUUUAGCAUAUGUUAUGCAGAAUUUAGAUCCAUGAUAGAAGUCUAGGAUCCUGCUCAUACUGUAAAUAAUAUUAGUUUUGUAUCUUAUUUACCAAAGCUGCCUUAGAUUUUCCUUC